AUGACCAUGUCUCUACAACGACCCGCCUAUCUCGACAACCUCUUCAGAGACCUCCCAACCACGCCUCCGGGACACUCGUCGACUUCAAGCGUCUCCUGCAGCAGCACUGCCUCUUCGUAUGACCUCCGAUCAGCAUAUCCAUCAUCCAGGCCACUGUCACUCUUUCUGGAAGAGGACAAGAGCGAUACUUUCAGCACUCACAGCAAGAAGUCCUUCCUCGGCGCCCGCCGGAGAUGGGGACUGGGGACCGUGCUCAAUCGACGAACUUACCCUCAAACCGACGAAUAUCAAUACCCACGACCCUCCACGAGCGCAACUACACCGCCAUCGCCUCCUCUCCCACCAAUCUCCGCCCCAACACUGCCCUUCGCCGAGGCACAAGGCAACAAUGGACGACGGCCCUCGCUCCCAAAGCUUCAGACCAGCUUUCCACCGCCACAAGCGAUAAGCACCUACGCGAAGCGACCCUUACCUGCUGUUCCUGGCCAAGCACCACCUUUACAACCCGCCGCAGCGGUCCGACCAGUCCCGUCGCAUCCACCGCGAGUCCAAUCACGAUCGAAAAGAUCACGCACGGAAUCGACUCGCUCAUCCGGAGGGGAAUUGAAAUGCCAGCGCUGCUAUUACUACGCAGCGCGGAAUUGCCAAGGGUACGUCCUGGGAGGCGGACCGGGUGAUGCCUGUGAGGCCUGCCUGGUAUGUUGUCGUGACGCAAUCCCUCCGACAAGGACCAAGUUUGCUAACCAAUUACGCUUGCAGCAAGCCGGUUUCUUUGGCGCGAAAUGA